AUGCCGCAAGGCAUCUAGUCUGCCGGAAAGCCAGAAGAAGAAGAAGUAAAAAGGCGGAAAUAGACUGGCUGCACCCACUGAAUGGACCGCGUGGAGCACACUGUGGACACCGAUGGAAACACGUGUCAUCGAGAAAUAAAAACUGACCGCCAAAAAAACCUCAAAGAAAAAGAAGAAGCGAGUACCAACAACAAGUUCUCUUUUCAACCAUUGGAAUGCACGGCCCCUUUAGGAUGAAAGAGAUUUUGGGUGUACUUCUGCUGGUCCGUAUAUGGAUACUGACUACUGACGCUGUUAGGAACACAGCAGAGUUACGGUGCCCAGAUACAUCGUUGGAUGCAGAAGUUGACAAGACAGUAAUUCUACCGUGUUUGACUGUGCCCAAAAUGGAUGUCGGCAACAAAGUGGAGUGGGUGCUUAAUGAUACAGUUGAUGUGCAUUUGCUCCGUAAGGGAAAACAUGAGUUUGAUCAUCAGUGGAAGGACUACAAAGACAGAACAUCUCUUUUCGACAGUCAACUGGGAACUGGAAAUUGUUCACUGCGCCUGAAAACCAAGAUGUCUCAUUCUGGGAGAUAUCGCUGCUCUGUUAGAAUUGGAGAUCAGACAAAACACUGUUUUAUAUCCCUCACCGUCCGUCCACAUGAAGGAAGCAACACCGCUCAACUCAAUCUAUCAGAUAUUAACCAGCUACACGGUACCAACUCUCCAGGUGGUGACAAUGACUCCACUUUUCCUCUGUGUGGCAUCUUCGGCAUCGUCGGCAUCAGCAUCAUCAUCAUCAUUCUGAUCUGGAAGCGUAAAACGUGCUCUGAAGUUUUGGGUGGAAAGCGGCCCUGGCCAUUCCCUUUUCCACGCCCUCCCUGCUGUCCAUCUGGUGAAGUUGUUCUGCAGAUCGACCCAGAUGCUCCGGGGGCUCAGCCCAGGCCAGGGCGUACGGAGGAUGGAAGAACUGGAGACCAAGAAAACGUGAGACUGGAAGGGAUCAGGGAGCCAAAUCCUCCAGGAGAUGUCACCGUGUGAAGCAGGGACAUCUGUAGUCUUCAUGUCCUGUCUGCGGCCAGUCUCCAAACUACUUUUUGAGCGAUUCCACUGUCACAGACUAAUGUCCAAUAUAAUAAUGAAAUCCUGAGAGGCUUGCUAGAAUCGGGGCGCUCCCGUCAUCUCCAUCGUUUGGUGUAAGGUCAUAAAACUCACUCCAAGUCAGUCUUUUCCCCGUCUGGACACUCAGACAAAAUCAAAGGUGUUUAAUUUAAAGUAAGUUUUAAGUCUUAGUAGUGAAGUUAAAUCAUGUGAACAUGGUCAACAACCAAUGGGCGCUCUCCCUCCAGCACCAAACAGGAAGCAACAAACCAGCUAGAGACUGUGGUGUUUAUGGUUGCUAUGGCAAAGUUAAGCUAGGUUAAAUUUUUCAAAAACAAAUUUGGUUGUGGGACCCUGCAAGAUCCCCAGUCUUUACCUAUUAUGUCUUUAACGUUAUGUCUUUAACAGUCUCUGUUCAAGUCUUUACCUGCCAAAAGUACUUUAUUAUUACAUUCCAGUAAAAAAGGCUCAGGUAAAUAUUAUUGCACUGCCCUGCUAUAACUGUCACAACAUAUAAAACAGUCGUAGAUAAUCAUCCUCAGAAUCAGAUAUAGGCUCAUUUCAAGUAAGUUCUCACUACGGCUGGACGGUAUAAACACCAGCAACACCUCUAGGAAUUUUAGGCCACACUGCCCAGCGUUAGUGUUCACAUACGAGGAAUAUGCCAAUAUAAUUGGUGAGUAAAGCCGCCUACACGUGAUCCGCGAUCAAACUGCUCUGUGCUGGCUGUGCCUUUUGUUUAGGGAGAGCGGUGGAGAAACUCGAAGGGAAGGUGAUCAACGCGCAACCGCAAUAAUGACGUACACCAAGUUCCUGCACUCUGCUCUACCUCGCUGUUUUACCUCGGAUCAUUUAUAGGCGGCUUUAAGGGUCAAGCCAAAGUCAUUUUACGCUUACAGUUAAAAUGAUGAAGAGGAUGGAAUGAGUAAAAUAUUUACUGAAAACUAGGGAUGUCCCGAUCGCAAGUAUUGCAUCCGAGCCAGUAGCUAUAUUAUCUAGGCAAAUACAAUUGUCAGACUGGGACUUGGUUUAAAUAUUCAGUAUUUAAAAAAUUGGAUCAGGGGCCAAAAAAAGCUAAUCGGGACAUCCCUACUGCAAACUAUAUAGAACCAAGAAUAUGCAAUGUAAACACUUGAAAAAGUGUUUAUGUCCUACUACAUACUACAGGCAGAUUUUAUAGUAGCACGUAGGCUCUACGCUGUAGCCUAAAAGGGCUGUAAGAGUUUAUCUGCUAACUUGGUACGACCCAGUAUGAAAAAGCUGUAGAAUUCUAUUCUUGAUGUGACGUCAUCACGAGAAUGUAAAGAAAGUGCAAUAACGAAUCGCUGGAGUGCCCUUUUCAUCUUUGACGUCUUUGUCAAAGUUUCAAACAUUGUAUUUUUGUAUCAAAUCCUCACCCCCUUAACUACAAAAUCCAGAUGAAGUUCCAAUUAAGUUUUGGGGCGCCAAAUACCGUCUCACACAGACACACAUGGCAGCCUUGAGAAUGUGAAAUGUCAGUGAGAAAGGUCAACCAGCUAGCAUUAUAAAAAGGCAAAACCACAAUUGCACUACAUGUCAAGUUCUGCUGUUAACCCCUUUGGGGUCUAAGGGCAUGUUGUCGAGUUUUACAUAUCUUCUUAAAUUCCCCUUUUAAGUGCAUUAGAUUAUAACCUGAUACCAAUGUGUUUCUUAUCAAAAUGUUUAGAACAAACUCAGCUUUCUGAGUGCCAGGCCGUGUUACUUAGCACACCAGGAAGUAACACGGCCAUGUUGCUUGCACAUUUUAUUUGUAGAUUGGCACAAAAACCAGGAAUGGCUGCUACAUGCACAAGCAGCACUUCUAUAAAAUAAUUUGCUCUGGCUUUUAAAGUCUCCUAAUUUUGCACAUGAACAGUACGACAGAUACUGACCAAAGCUGCCUGUUACAUGCUGUUUAGGAACUAGAAAUAUGAACUGACCUAUUUUUUUCUAAUUUUUUACAUUACAUUGUACAUUUGUAUGUCUUUUUUUUAUCUUGCACUCCUGACAGAUGAAGUUUACCAUUGGACAUAAUAAAGUGACUGUGAUGAUUGUAAAUUUGAA